AUGCCUGGGUCGAGCGAGGAGGUGCUUGAAUCAGAAGGGUUAGAAGAUACUGGGUUCAUACUCUGUGCCGAUGAGUCGUUGGAAACAGCAUUAGUCUCCGCAGUCGUCGAAUCUGUCCCGGUAGACGUGGAAGUACCCGAGGAUGACGAGAUGAGAGUUGAAGAAGACUCUAUGCUUUCGGAAAGGCUGCUAAGAAUGUUGGGAAGCGCAGUAGAGGAGACCACCGAGUCAGAUGGGGCAGGAACAUCCGUGCUCGCCAAGUUGGAUGAAGGUCCAUUUUGGAUUGAGAGCUCGGAGCUGGGUGAUGUACUGGCUGUAGCGUCUGACGAAGUCGAACUCUGUGAUCCUGAUCCGCUUGAAGAAGAAAAAGAGGAAGCUGUGGUAUCGCUUAAAAUAUCUAGAACAGAGGAGAGCGAAGUGCUUGGACUGGUGGAUGGCGUGGAGGGUGUUCUUGCAGCGGUUGAAGAGACGGUCGAUUCGACAGACACCUCGACGGUUGCUGAAAGAGAGAGGCCACCGCUGCUCGCUGAAAAGGCUGCGUCCGAUGUAGAUAAUGAAGUUGCAGUGGAAAGUAUUGAGCUUAUCAGGUUCGGAUCAGCUGUAAUUGAAAUCGAUGUGCUCAGCAAGGACGGAGGGGGCGUGUUUGAGCUGAUGGCUCCUGAGCUGGUACUUUGGGAUGAAGAUGCAGUUGGGGCAACUGAGCCCGAGAGAAUGGGGCUGAAUGACGAACUGCUCGACUCCGAGACGGAAUUCGAUGUUAGAGCGGCGUCUGUAACUGUCGUUGCCGUUGCCGUAUUAGCGGUAGAUGAAGCCGUCAAGCUACUCAGUGAGGUUGCUUGUGGCUGA